AUGCAGUCCACCUCCGCUGAGCUGCCGCCGGCCGCCGCCGGACACGGCCCCGCCCCGUCUGCGCCGUGCAGCACAGCAGAAGCAGCCGCCCUGGAGCUCAUGUCGCUGCCGACCGAAAUUCACCUCGCCGUCGCGCAGCACCUCAUCUACCCCGACGCGCUGUCGCUCAAGCACACCAGCCGGCACUUUCGCAGCCUGGUGCGCACCGACAUCCAGCUCAAAGUGGCGUGGCUGCUGGAGCGUCGCCGCCUGCACCUCGAGUGUCCCAACAGCCACCGCUGCGACCUGGGCAGCGAUUUACGAUUCUGUCGCGGCAGCGUCUCGCUACUCAUGAGACGCCGGCGAAUGCACUUUGAGUCAGCCGCGGUUGGCUACUUCUUCCCUAUACUCUAA